AUGUGGCACGUUGGAACUGCGUCAGUUACGUCAAUUGCAGGAAAUAAUACUAAUAAUGACAAGAAGACCAGAGGGAAAGUAAGGAAUGGAAGUAAUGUUCAAGUAGGUGCCAAUACCCAAAGAAGAGGAAGUACGAGAUUUUCUAAUACACCCAAUGCUACUAGUAGCGUAAAUAACACUAACUCUAGUAUAAAUACAGCAAAUUACAAACAUACAAAGAAAAUUCCCAUUGAUAAAUCUAAGUUCCAUCCAAGUAUAUCAAAUCUAGCAGGAGCUAUAAUAGGUGUCUCAGGUGCAAAUCAGAAAUGGAUGGAAAGGGAAAGUGGUGCACAAGUUCAAAUAUUGGGUACAACACCAAAUGAUCCUGAUGGAUUACAUAUCAUGGUUAGAUAUAAUGAACCAAGGGAAGUUGAAGUUGUCGAAGCAAUUAUUGAUGAAAUAGGUCGUGCAACAUUUGAAGGUGGUGGUGGUUUUAUAUCUCAUAUGCUUCCUGCUAGGAAGUUAGCAACAAAUCAUGGAUAUAUGUCAUUACCUACACAGGAUCUACAAAACACAUUGAAACAUGACUCAAUAAUGAAUGUAAUACAUACACCUUAUAACCCAGUGUAUUCAAUGGGGAUGACGAAUGUUAUAGGUCCUCCAGGAGGAUGGCCACAAUCUCCUCCUUCAAAUCCAGUGGAAUUUGAAUGGAUUAUGCACCUUGUAAUACAUACAGUUUUACAACAAGUAGGGAUAUCUGCUUCAAGUGGAAUCCCAAUGAUACAUCUCCCAAUGUUAUAUGAAAGAUAUAGUAAUUUUAAUUUUGAGCAUGAUGCAAUAACCUUCUUCCAUAAAGCAAUAAGUGACAAUGGUUUAUUAGGUUUAAUUCAGUCAAUUCCUCAUGUAUUUAUAGAGGGCCCACAUACACGUAUUGAUACCUCAACAAUCCCACAAUUACCAGUGUCACUGAAAAUUAAUCUAGCAAGUGGAUUAACACCAUUAUUGCUUCCAGCUCAAUUAUUUACUACUUCUUUUCAUGAAUUCAAAUUAGCAGAUGAAUCAUAUUGGGCUAGUGGUAUUCUACCUCCACACCCGGGUCCUAUAAAUAUUUUUCAACAUCAGGUAAACCAUCCUGUUGGAAUGGCAUAUACAACUUUAGAUCCAAAUCAAACAUAUUAUCAGAAAUCUAUUUUGAGUAGUGAUUAUCCAAUAACUAAAAGAGCUAAGUUGGAUAAUGGAUCGUCUCUUGCACUAUCAAUGACUACAUCUCUACAAACUAUUCAGACAUCUAGUGAAGUUAAAUAUGGACAAAUAGAUAUCCCAUUAACAAACUUAACUAUUGCAGUGCAAGGUAUUCACUUCUUAUUGCGUCGUUGGAUAUGGAAGAGACAGCAAUCCCAUCUACCAGCCAAAAGCCCACUGGACUUCUUACCAUUAGAAUCAUUAGAAGCAGAAUUUAUUCAAUUUUUUGAUAUUCCAUUGGAUAUAGAAUUGUUAGGUUGGACUAAUCUCCUACAUUUUGUUGAGGCAUUUCCAGAUAUAUGGACAGUGGAGAAUGUAGGACCCGAUGAAUUUACUUUAAUUCCACUUCCUCAUCCAGAUUUUAUUUCAGCAACAAAGAAAUGUAAUACAACUCCAUCAAAUAAAAAGGAUUCCUUAACAAGUCAAUCGACAUCUAAGGGAUCUACCACAGUGUCAACCCAAUCUAAUUCAACAGAUUCAUGUAGGGUUGCAGAAGAAUUAAAUGAUAUAAUUGCACAACUGCAAAAUUACUUAGAUAAUAUUAAGGAUACAAGUGAUACAGUAAAUUCACCUGAAAUAUUGGCAAUACAUGAUCUACUUAGUGGUCUUAGAAGUGGUACAUAUCAAUUUGAUGAUUCUACUAGUUCUGCACUUGUGGAAUUACUUUCCAUGACUAGCGCCUUAGCUGCACCUACUCAAAGAGACAAACCGAAUACAAUGAAUAACAUUAGAACUGGAUCUCUUAUCACUCCAAUUAUGAGUGAGGUAAAUAUUUCUAGCUCUGUCAAUCCUAUAUCUUAUAACAUGCAAACUUCAAAGAAGAUGUUCACAACUCCAAUGACGAAUAAUCCUGUUCCUCACUCAAUUAUGCCUGUAUUGCAUACCCCAGCUCUACCAUUACCAACAUAUAAUGAUGUAGAACUUCCAAUGCACAUGUAUAAUCAAAAGAUACCACAUUCAGUACAAUCACGAUUUGGAGGAGGUAAUACUCCUUUAAAUAGUAGUAAUUUAGCUGCAACAAUGACUUAUGGCAUGCAAAUAGGUAAUAUUCCGAUUAAUAUACCAGCUUCUACAUUAAGAGUAACACCUCACUCCACUAAAGGUGGAAGAGGGAGAGUGGUAUGGGAUAGAGAUAAAGCUAAACAUUAA